UAUUGCCACUUCACUGGAAUCAUCACCAAGGAAUCCGAGGCAGCGAACUCUGAAAAAUCUUCAGCAAGCGUUAGAGAGAGAAACAUCCCCACGGUGCGCAAUGGCCGAGAUGGUUUACGGCGACGACCUCCACGACGGCGACGGCAUGGUGGUCGGAAGAGAUGCAGCUAUCCAGGCUCUGAACACAAUCAUCCAACUCCACUUCGAGAAAACCCUAGAGAAAAAGAGAGCAGUCGACGCCCAAAAGAAGGAGAUGUGGCGUCUCUUUCAACUCUUCUUCCUCUUCCUCGCACUAGUCCUCGCCGCUCAGGUCCAGGCCCCGCCAUCUCGCCUUCAAUGCCGCCAUUGCUGGGCUCCGAUCGGCCUCCUCUCCCUCGGCCAUCUCAUCUUCUAUGUUUCUGUAGCCCAAACCCUAAGAUGCAUCAAUGGAUUCAAGUACCAACGCCGAUGUCACAAGCUAACCCUAGCCCUCGCUACGGAUCGUCUCAAGCAUUUGAAGCUGCGCUAUUCCGCCGCCGCGGCGGCAACCACCCACGGCGCCGCUUUUGCCGGUGAGUUCGAGAUCCAUUACCAGCAGCCGCCGGAUAACUAUUUGGGGAAGUUUAAGCGGAGUUGGGCUUUGUAUUUUGUGUUUCUGAUGUGCACAUUUGGAUUCAUGGUUUCCGCUUCUCUUGUUCUACUUUGCUUCUAGCUCUGUUUUGAAUAAUGAUGCUGCAAUUUGUUUUUUUUA